CGUGCUGGUGCCAGAGUGGCGCCUGCGCAGUAAAGGCCGGUGCUCGGCCUGGUUUCCGGUGAGCAGAAGAUGGAAGAGGAUGAGGUCGCGGAGAACUGGGAGGAGGCGGCCGACAGCGGGGAGAUCGAGCGACGGCUGGAAAAGAAACUGAAGAUCACACAGAGAGAGAAUAAAUCGAGGUCUCCCCCAAAAAUCCCCGUGGUGAUCCAGGACGACUCUCUGCCGGCCGGUCCUCCUCCUCAGAUCAGGAUCCUUAAAAGGCCGACAAGCAACGGCCUGGCCAACAACUCCAACUGCAGCAGCCGGCCCACGGUGCCUGUUAAGUCGCUUGCACAGCGGGAGGCGGAGUACGCGGAGGCCAGGAAGCGAAUCCUGGGGAGCGCCAGCCCGGAGGAGGAAGCGGAGAAGCCAGUUGUGGACAGACCAGCGAGAAUCAAUCAGCUGGAGGAGAACAGACAGCCUAACAAUGUGAUCCGGCAGCCGCUGGGUCCGGAUGGAUCACAGGGUUUCAAACAGCGCAGAUAGAUGUGAUGGAGGACUAUGCUAUAGUAAGCUGCACUGGCCUGUCACACCAAUGGACUCAAGCGGAGGGAAUCGCCUCAUCUACUUGCACUUUGAUGCCCUUUUGCUCCGC